GGACUUCCUUGUAUCAUCAAGUUAGAUCACUGUAGAACUCGUACUGAGCAUAAAAACCAUGAAUAGCACAAGAGAAGGAAAUGUUCUCUUUCAAAUGAUUUGUUUAGGGUUAACUGGAAUAUUUCUGUCAGUCUCCGUGAUUGGGGAAAAGUCUGACGUUUCACGGUAUGACUUGAACGACAUUUUGAAUGCUUUACCUACGACAGUGUGGGGAAUGGUGAACCUGGUUAAAGAAAAGUUGAAAGGAACUCUUCCGCUACCCGAAAGUAAGAGAUGCGACAAUGCCACAAACUUCACAGACUGUGCAGAUUUGAGACGUAGAGGUUAUGUUGAGAGCAACCGGGUCUACUCUAUUUGGCCACGGUAUUUAAACGAACCAAUUAAGGUUGUAUGUGACAUGGACACCGAAGGCGGUGGAUGGACGAUAAUCCAGCGCCGCGGGUACUACGAUGAUAAACCUCAGGAGUUCAAUCAAUCCUGGUAUCAGUACAGUGUGGGAUUUGGAUCUCUGAACGAUGAUUUUUGGCUUGGAAACGACAAAAUAUUUGCCAUAACAAACCACAAGGAGGUGGAGCUUAGGGUGGAUUUAGAAGAUUUCUCAGGGACAAAAGUCUAUGCUAAAUUUUCAUAUUUUGUUGUGUUGAGUGAUUUACGAAAUUAUCAGAUGUUUUUUGGUUCUUAUAGUGGUGAUGCAGGUGAUUCACUAUUGUACCACAACGGUUCACUUUUCUCCACAACAGAUCUAGACAACGACGCCAAUGCAAAAAGUUGUUCUAUUGACCAUGGUGGUGGUGGUGGGUGGUGGUUUAAAAGUUGUACCAGAAGUAAUUUAAAUGGUGUCUACUACAAGGAUGGUAAAGCUUCAAAAUCUGGGAGUGGAAUUAUUUGGAACACACUUGGUGGGAAUAAUGUUUCUCUUAAAAAAACAGAUAUCAAAAUUAGACCAUCUCAUUUUACUAUCUCUCAUUAAACUUGUGACAUUGUUUUCGAAGAUAAUAAAAUGUAAGUAAUUGAUCAUAUUCUAA